AACCCUCCUGACUGGGCCUGACUGCAGUGUGUCUCUCUGGGAACAGUGAUGUGCGAGCUGGCCCACCUCCUGACAGCAGCAAGGUAAAGACCAGCACUCUCUGAAAGCCACAACAUCACCAUCAUGGACCCUAUCAUCAGUGUUCUGGAGCUGGUGGGGGUUCUGAUCUCAGCGGGGGCCUGGCUCUGCUCUCUGGCCACCACCCUGAUGUCCUCAUGGCUCACACUGUCCAACUUGCUGGUCACAGAGACUCUUGGGGUGGGCCUCUGGGAGACCUGCGUGCUCAAUCAGCAGGGAACACUGGAGUGUAGGCCCUAUGACAGUCUGCUGGGGCUGCGACCAGAGAUCAAGCUAGCCCGGAUCCUCAUGUGCACAGCGCUAGGGGUAGGAAUGCUGGGGCUUUUGCUUGCCAUACCCAGCCUCCACCUUGUCAACGGCUGCCGGCAACAGUUGGAGGACGUGAGCUGUAAGAGGGCCCUGAAGGCAACCAGUGGGGCAUUGUGGCUGGUGGCAGGGAUCCUGGGCCUCAUCCCAGUUUCCUACAUCGCCCAUGUGACGGUCGAACAGUUCUUCGAUGAGUCAGUGCCUGACAUGGUCCCACGAUGGGAAUUUGGGGAUGCUCUGUUCUGUGGUUGGACGGCCGGCGUCCUUCAUCUAGCUGCAGGAAUGCUGCUGCUAAUUUCCUGUUUUUAUGUGCAGAAGUUAAACAGUAACAGACCCGUUGAUGUCCCUCCGGUCCUGACAAAGCUAGAACCUGACUCCAUGAGAACCAGAUCUGAGUAUGUCUGAGACCACCUCAUAAAAAGGCUGCUACAAGUCUUCUUCAACCUUUUCUGCAUCUAAAACUAAAUGUUGGACUACCACACUUCAAUUUGUGGCUCUUGAGAUCAGAUUGGAGUAUUUCAGCGAAUUUCCAGAAGGGAUGUUACAUUCCUGAUUUUGAGGUUGUAUCCAAAGAAGAGGUUAAAAAUUUUCUUAAAACUAAACUUUACCCAAACAACUGUCACAACUAGAUCUGAAUAGAACAACAGGGAGGUCUGAGGUUGCUCCUCUAAUUUGACAAAGUGAGACCAGAUCAGGAGGUUCAGUCCAAACCUGCAGUAAAACAGAUGAUUUCUCUAUAGAAUUUCGAUGGUUUCAGAGGUUUGAAAGAUAUAAGUUUAAAAUGUUCUUGAUCACAAACAGAUGUAAAUUUCCUUCUUAAUCUGUUAGGAGGGAUGGAGUUUCUCUCAAAUAAAGCUUCAGACUAAA